UUCACGAAGCCAUGAAUCACCGACCAGGCGAGGCUUUCGACUGUCGCUAUAAGUAGAAACCAAAAGGAGAGGCUUGAGAAGCGUUGGACUAAACGAAGCAGAGUCGAAAAGACCGAACGGUGUGGUGUCUUCAGAAGUCAGUUAAGAAUCUGAGACAGCGGCCCAAUUAAAAACAGAGCUAGCGGCUGCUGCAAGAGAGAAAAAUAUAGUAAACUUUAUAAUACAAGAAAAGGAGCGACUUGAAAGUGAGGUUGCACUGCAAGAGCAAACAGUGGUAGCAGUGAAUCUGAGGUUGGAUAUGCACCGGAUGAGGCAACUGAGAAAAGAUGAAAACAGCAGAGGCGCCAGGGCUUGGAGAGAGAACGAAGGAGAACAGAGAAACCCCAGGAAUCAAACAGGAAGAACCAAACGGCGAGGAAAAGAAAGCGAUUGUGAUUUGUGAUUUGUGUUUCCCGAAUCCGUGGUUUAGAGAAGUUCCUGACCCAAGAUCCCCCGAUCGGAUGAUGAUGUCAAUCGCGUUGACCGAAACUUGGGGACGUGAAGAGCGGAAAUUAGGACCUGCAACGAGGGCUGGCAAUUGCAAUUCGACGGGGAACGAGAGGGCUCUUGAAUCUCAAGAGAAUUAUUGUGCAUCCCCGAAUGCGGAUACGAGGCCGUCCACUUCAUCCACACAGCGUUUGAUGCCGACCCACGACUUUGACCGACCUGGAGUUGGCUUCAAUAACGCCACGCUUUCUCUGCUGAUCAUCCUGUUGACGGCACCGAUUGACAUUCAUCCUCGACAGUGCACGGAAUCCAUUGCUACACAAUUAAGCAGUAUCUACGUCAGCGGUUCUCCUGAUCGCUGUCAGGUAGUGAUAGCCACAUUCCAAGACCAACUUAUAGCUCCUUAAGCUCCUUAUCGCCCAAGACAGAGUGUGAGACUGGUCUGAUUCGCCCCGUCGUUCUGGAAGUCGACCUUUCGCCAUUUAGACUCUCGCCCGCCCUGAACACCAUUACCGCUAGCUAAUGCGUAAGUAGGCUCAGAGGCUGAGCAUAGCUCCACCCUUGAGCUGCCUGAAUCGCCUCAUUCCCUGGAGCAACUGCGACUGAGACACACUUGAACCAAUACUCGUCUGAA